AUGAAGACUGUAAUGUAUCGCGAAAUCACCCCACAUUCCGAUGUUAUGGACAGGUGGAAUGAUGUUACUAUCAAUGCUGGUGCUUCUCAGUGUACUUUACAAGAUAUCAAGAUCCUUGAAGGUGCUGGGUGCUUCACUUAUCGCAAUAGUGGGGAUUUAACAUCAUGUUGCAGUAAUAGAUUUAUUUACUGGAGAACUAAUCACGAUGUAAUUGAACUUGUAGAAGUAUCGAUGGACUUGAAUUUGAAAGGUAGUCAUCUGCGUUUGCGGUUUCAAAACACACCGAUUUUACGCGGAGUUAGUGUGCAUGAGAGUGGUGAUAAAGUUGUACUUUUAGUUGCUACUGUUUCAGCUAUCCAUAAAAUUACAUUUCCUCAUCCUACUAGUUUGGAUGGGCAUGAAUUUCAAAUAAAAAAGACCGAAUCAUCGUCCCCAUCCAUAUUUUAUGAUACUACCAAUGUGACUCUGCGCAGCAGAAGUUGUUUUUCAGUAUUGCAGCAUGUAUCUUUGGGAAUUCCUUUGCCACAUACGUCUUGUUCCUGGUUAGAAACCAAUGGCAGUGCCGUUUUCAUAUUGGCAAACACUGCUGGAUCUGUCAUGAUGCUAGUGAUGUCUGAUCGGAAUGGAGUGGAAAUUUCCACCACAGAGUUGAUGAAAACUGGUUCUUUUUUUCGCAUCUUCAAUGGAUUUGUACCAAAUGCUAUAAGAAAUAAUAAAACUGAGGCAGCGAUGAACCUAGUCUGCCAUCAAACUUCAACAGAUGUAUUAAUAUUUUCCCUCUUCACGGAUUUACAGAUACGCAUAUGGUCGUUUAAGAAACAAGAAUGCCUUUUAGUAGAUUCCAUUCAAAAUUAUGAUUCUGAAAAGAAUUUGAAUGCUGGAAGUUUUACAACACAUCAAUGUCAUUUGCGAAAAUCAGUUUGUAGUUCAACUAACGAUUUUAUUUUAGGUGUAUAUGUUCCUGUUUCACAACGGAAAGUAUUUUAUAUAUUUAAACCUCAAUUCAUACAAGAUCGAUGUAAAUUGCUUCUUCUUUCUACUUUGCAUCAAACUCAACAUGAUUUAGUAGAUUUUUGUGUCAGUGACUCCCAUAUUUGGACUCUUUGGUUGAGCUGUGAGAACCAACCAAUUGUAUACACUGCUGAAAUUGAUUCAUGCCAAAGAAGUGAACUUCAAAGUAGUUGGAUACCUGUUUGCCUUGAGCCAAGGGUCUCACAUUCAAUUGAUUAUGAGUCUUCAAAUCCUCAAGAUAAUUAUUUGAGAGAAAUUUUUAAAGUUGGUAGAUUUUUACCAUCUACAAUUGCCAAAGCUAUCAGUAUAUGCCAAUCCACUAGAAAUUCUACCAUUCUUUCAAAUGUUUCAAUGCAAGCAGAUAACCUGAAAAAUAGAGUGCUUGCGGCUAUUGAAGGUGAAAUUUUGAUGAAAAUCGGGGAUGUUGACCCUAACGACCCAGAGUAUCUGGAAGCGGCCAUGGAAUGUUGGGACCGUUUUUUCUCUAAUUGCAUUCAGUAUCAUGAAGUUGGUAUGAAGCCCUUAGGCAUUUCAGUGGAUCCCUUUACUGGAUUUGUGAUUGUAAUCAAAAAAAUAUUUUAUUCUUUGCUGUGCCCUUGUGACCCUCUAGAAAUUUUUGUAAAUCCCAGCUUUCACUCUUUAUUUCAUUUAAGUUCGUUGGAAACCGAAGAUAAAAAACUGUAUUAUAAUUUAAAAUCCAUUCUCACAUGUGUUGAUCUCGUGCAUGAAAAGGUUGAUAGGAAACUAUUGACGGGUUUUGAAGAAAAGCUUUACAAUCUAUGUUCUCCAAUAUCUUAUGCAUCAGACAUCAAUAAGUCUCUACAAAUGGAAGCUAGCAGUCAAUUUUUUAGUCGUUUACAUUCGUUAUUACCGGCAUGUGCGGAAACUGUAUCGGCUUUAAACUAUCUUUUAGCCAAAUUGGACCUUAGUGCUGAUGCAAAAGAUAUGCAGUGUAAAUCUUCUACUAGGUACCCGGCAUUUGCAAACGCUUCCUCUGGAAUAAGUGCAUUAUGUGCUGGCUUAUCACAUUUCACUAAACAAAGAUUCGACUUCUGCAGAGAUUUAUUACUUUUUGAAAUUAUACUUUAUGGCUCGGACAUGAUGGAAAAUGAUCAGCUUGAUAGUCUAAUGUUACAAUCAAGUAUUAUACCAAAAACAGUCGCCCUUGUCAGGUCCUAUUACAUAAUUUUAUGGUGUACUCAAUCUGAAUGUGUAUCUGUAACACCAUCUGUGCAAGAUGCGGCUUUUAAGCAGUUUUGUGUUCUCGAAAUGCCUGAAUUGGUGAAUUCGGAUCUAACUGACAUUCAAGCGGGACAUACUAUAAGUCACUUGUUUUUCAAAAAAGAUGGUGGAUCGAAAGCUCGGAAAAUCAUGGAAAGUCACCAAUCUGUGUUAGAAAUAAAAGAAGACUUCUCAACGUUAUUCCCUUCUUUAGUUGUUGCUGCCGCGACCCUCUUGUGGCCACUUGAAGGAAAUAUGUUUCUAGAAUUUUUAUUUGCUCAGUGUCAAUACUUUCCUCUGCAAGAAUAUGAUAGACUUUUAUGUGACUGGUGUUCGUGGAAUAAGCAGUAUGUUAAUUUUUUGGUUGGGAGCAGUUAUUUAAUACUAGGAGAAUCUGAUAAAGCUCUUACAAUCUUCCUAGAUGUAUCUAAAGAUAUUGAAGGAGAAUCACUUUUAUGCAACAAGCUGUUAAAAGGAAGGUACAAUUCUGGUUCAUCUGUUGUUAGUUUAUACUUCAUGCGUGUGAUUCAAAUGUUCGAACAGUUUUCUUUAUCGGAAUGUGUGGUAAAGUUAGCAUCAACAGCUCUUGAAGGCAUCCAAGAAGAUGAUUUGCAUAGACCUAUAUUUUAUUCCAUUUUAUUUAAACAUCAUCUGAAUUUAGGAAAUAGUGGAAAAGCUUUUAACACAUUGAACAAAAAUCCAGACUCGUCGCGAAGGAAGGACUGUCUUCGUCAGUUGAUUGUAAAAUUGUGUGAAGUGAAGCAAUUUCAAAAAAUUAUUGAACUUUCUUACCUGGCUUUUGAAGAAGAUAUAGUCACAAUAUUAGAGUCAAGAGCAAGGUGUUCGGAUCUUUCCCAAAAUACUUCAUUUUAUGGAAUAUUGUAUGCUCUCCACUUUGGUCAUAAAAAGUACCGCAAAGCGGCAGCUGUAAUGUAUGAAUUGGCCAUGAGAUUCGGGAGAGAAGUAAUUGGCUUAAAAGGAUUAAGAAAGCAAGCAUCUUGUUAUUUAGCCGCUAUUAAUUGUUUGCAUUUGGCCGAACCAAAAUAUGCCUGGAUAGUGAAGCCAGCUGCAAAUAAUUUGGAUGCGGUAGAAGAAAUGGACUAUAAAAAUUUACCGAAACGAGAUGCAGAUGGAAAAGAAGUUUCAAAUGAGCCUUCAUCUGUAAAAAUAGAAGUUCUAGGCCUGAAAGACAUUCAGCAGGAAUAUAAUUUGAUUCAAGCUAGACUGCUGCAUGCCGAAAAGCAUCGUAAGUCUAAUUUGGUUCUUACACCCCUUUCUCCUGAAGAAACUAUAGCAUUACUUUUGAACAGCUGCAUGUUUGAAGCUGCAUUGCAGCUUUCAAAUUCAUUUUCCCUCUCUCUUGUUCCAGUGUUUGAAGCUCUAGCUUACAGAUGCUUAGCUUCAACUUUACAUUCAGGAACAUAUAUUGAAGAUCAAAACACUUCAUUAAAGCCUAAUGAUCCAAAUUUGGAUCUUAUGACUACAACUAAACAUAACAAUGCUUGGCAUAUGCUAGAAAAAUAUCUUCAAAAAUAUGAAGACCCUGGUAAAAGUUUACUACACAGAUGUGUUUCGGAGAAACUUCUAGUUCUUGGAGCUGCUUUACCUGCAUGGUUGAGAUUAUCAUAUCAAAAACGAAACUUUACGGAAUUAAUUGCUUUGUAUAUCUGCCAUGGACUUCUGCAAGAUGCUUUGGAAUUGACUGUGAAAUAUAUAAAAGCUGUGUUAGGCACCAGAAAAGAAGAUUUUGACCUAAAAUUUUCAUUACAUGCUAAUUCUCCCCAUGUUUGGUUGCCACAUACUUACAUUGAUAUCAUUCUGGAUGCGGCUGAAGAUUUACAAGAUAAUGUAAACAUUAAAGACUUGCAUCAAGAGUUGUUAGAUACUUUAGAAAUGUAUAAUCAAACUGUAGAAUCGGUUACCCAGUCCAAAUUGUCUAGUUGCUUGCUCUGAGCUGAAGUAUGAUGCUAGACCGAAUAAAAGACUCAUAAUGUUUUUUUUAUGGGUUGUACAGUUUAAUAUUUA